AUAUUGCGCCUUUAACAGAGAUGCGCCGUGCAGCCUCGGCGCUCUGAUCUCAACUCCAGCUGGACAACUGUGGAGCUGCGACGCAAGCACACACAAGUGCAACUGCGACAUAACUCGCACUUGGAGACCGUAGUCUGUCAGACUGGAGCCGAGUGGUGACCAGCUGCAGGGAAACUUUUCGGAUAAAGGCUUUUGGAAGCUGCCGGAUGCGUUCGCUAGAGAUCAAUAUAACUGGGAUCCGACAAAUAAAUGGGACAACAAAAAUCGCGAGAACUUGAAUCGCUCCAGCUGUGUGCAGGGUUCAGUUUUGCCAACUUUGUGUACUAGCCCAUCCGAUCUGCCUCAGUCCGUGCGGGCGCAGCAGCAGCAGAGGAGGAGGCUGGAUGUGGCAGGAGACGGGUCACUGAGCUGCAGCGAGCCUGGUGCGAGUUCCCCAGUCCCCAACUCUCCAAUGUUACCGGACAGGAUGAUGAUCAUUGGACUUCUGCUCAAUGUCUUCUCCCAUGGUAGUGUUCCGGUUUCUGCAUCCUUAGACUGUCUGGUGGCAGAGCAGGGCUGCAUCCAGGAGCAGUCCUGCAUGGUCCUCUAUCGGCUGCUGGAGUACUGUGCAGCUGAGGAGGCGGUGUCGCCCCUUGGCCCAGAUGCCCGUUUGGAGUGCCUGGAGGCACAGAACUCCUUGCAGCAUUACCGCCCCCUUCAAGUUUGCAAGUGUCAGCGUGGCUCUCGCAGGGAGGAACACUGCCUCAGGGUCUACUGGACCGUGAGAUUUGCAGCAUAUGAUGAGUAUGAGGUGUCUCCAUAUGAAGAGCUGGAGUUUAAUUUGGUGAGAAACAUUGAGAUGUCUCGUAUGGCCUCCAUCAUGGCAGCUUCCACUCUUUCUGUGGAUGGUCAAAACCAGUGUCUGAGGGCAGCUCAGGACUGUGGCCUGUAUGAGAAAUGUGGCUCCCUGCGGUCAGAAUAUGUCGUAGCCUGCACCAAGCGAGCAACAGUCUCAGAGAACAGCUGUAACCGCCAGAAAUGCCACAAAGCCCUGCGGCGCUUCCUGGAGCGUGUGCCAGAGGAGUACAGCUUUGCUCUGCUCUUCUGUCCCUGCUCUGACACUCUGUGUGGGGAGCGCCGGAGGAAAACCAUCGUCCCGUCAUGUUCCUAUGAGGAGAAUGUGAAAGGGGAGGAAAGAGUGGGCAAGCCUAACUGCCUUAGCCUGCAGAAUUAUUGCUCCAGAGAUGAGCUGUGUAGAUCCCGGUUCGCUGAUUUCCAACACAACUGCCAGCCCUCCACUCUGUCUGCCUCUGGCUGUAUGCGAGAGAGUAGAGCCAUGUGCUUGAAGGCCUAUGCUGGACUCAUAGGAACCAUCAUGACUCCCAACUAUGUGAGCAACAGCAGCACAGAAGUGUCCCAGUGGUGCACAUGUGAUGGCAGUGGGAACGAAUGGCAGGGCUGUCAGCGUAUCCUGCAUAUGUUCAGCAACAAUAUAUGUCUGCGCAAUGCCAUCACCUCCAUGGGAAUCUCCGUACCUCCUCCUUUGGAAACCACUCCUGUGCCAGCUUCUAAGCCCUCCCCGCGUGUCUACCAGGAGAGGGUCCACGUCAACGUUAACACUCUCCCUGAAUUCACCAGUAUGGAGGACAGCAAGGGAGAGGAGCAGGAGGAGGAGGAGAGCGAGGAAUUCAACAUCAUCCCACCUUAUUCUGAGAAGGACUCUAACAUUGACUCGGGGGCUAGAGGGAGUCAGCGAGGAGCAGCUAGCCGAGCAGUACCUGUGUUACCAUUACUGCUGGUGCCUACGCUCAUCUUGGACUGGAAGUGUUAGGGCUACUGAACCCUGCAUCUCAUUCUCCGCUCAUAUUUUACACUUGCUACCAUUUUCAAAUCCAUCACAGCACUCAGAGAGAACCACAGAGGAAAUUUGCGAGGAAGAAAUGGAAAUGCUUCUUCUUAACUUUUCUCUUUCUUUCUUUUUAAAAAAAAUACCCUUGCUUUAUUUUAUGAUUCUCUUUCUCCUAUCACUGCCUCCUCAAGAGUUAAAAGAUAUCAGUAGUCCUGCAGUAUCUGACAUGACUUUGCACGAGUACUCUCCUAUGAAAUGAAGGGAACAACGUGAGCAGAUAUAUGAGUGCAUGGGUGAAUUGAGAAGUGCUGUCUGGGCAAAUACUCUAUCUAGAGCUGGCUUCACACUCAAAGUACAUCCCGUCUUUUAACAAGAAGCACAGCGCCCAAGGCCACAUCCACUAUACGUGUUCCCAAAACCCAUAACCAGUCUUCUCCACUUCAACCAGACCUGAGCAUGGCUUUUGAUUUCUAUUUUAUAACUCAUGUCACAUCCGUUUCUCCUUCCCUCCUUCAUACUGUGGUUGAGUAAGAUAAUCCACCUUACAACAAGCUGAUAAGAAGCUGCACCACACUUAAACUACUUUGUACCACAAAAAAAAGCACUUUUUAAAAUGGCUUCCUUUAAAAAAUGAUAAGAUGUGAACCAAUGCGCUGUAAUUAUGUAUGAGAGAUCUUAUGCCUGCUCAAUCUUUGGUUAUUCUCACUUACUGCUCCGAAAAGCUGAGUGCAACAGUCACUCUGUCCUGCUUCUUUUGUUAACACCACUUAGUACUAUUCCUACCAGGGUGAGUGACUGAGAAUUCAACCACGGGCAAGUGUAAUGAGAUCAAAUUCUUUGGUAGAAAUGAUGAGCAGAGAAAAGCAACAUAAGCAAUUACAGCACAAUUCAAAUUGCUCAGCAUGCGGGGGAAGCCUGGAAUAAGGCUCAGGAGAGGCAAUAGCCAAUUUACUGCUGUCGUACCCUCUCACUUUUUUAUCCUUAGGAGAUGUGUUUUUAGUGCUCCUUCCCCAUCAUGUGCUUAGAUGUGGUGAGAGUGAGAUGCAGAGAUAGGGUCGGACACAGGAGGCCGUAAAGCCUGCUGGCUGCUCUGAUCACUGAGCAGCACAUUGAGCCAUUAUCUCUGCCUGAAAUAUCUUUUGCUGAUGUUAAUGAUUUUUUCUCUUAUGGCUCAUUUUCUUGUGAAAUUACGGAGCUGCAGGGAUGUAGGUAAAGAGAAGUAUGGUGAAGUUUUUUUAGGAGGGAUAAACUUUUAAGGAGGCAUUAGUUUCAAAGAUAUAAACUGUCUGAGCUCUGCAAGGGAACAUUCUUACAUACAUUCAUUUUUAUCAUUAAAGACAAUCCUUGUAUGUAAUGUAAUAUUUACAGUGAUGGCGUUGCAGUCCACUGACCUCACCGUUGUCAAAUUGAUCCAAGCAUUUCCAAAAACAUAUCACAACAUUAAAAUCAUUGGUCAAAAGAUCACAGCUAUACAUGCUCAUCCAAUCCAACACCAGAGCCACAGUUUGAAUGGUCGUGCAUUUAAAUCAGGAUUAGAGCACUUGAGGAGGCAGUAUGGCCCCAGUACUUUUUUGCCCACAAUACUGUACUUGUUUACAUGAUGGUUUAUUGACACAAAGACAGACAUUUUGAUAAGGACAGACAGUUUAAAGGAAGAAACGCAUUGAAAGCUUUUUCAAGUGUAGUUCCAUCACCACGUGAAGCUUAGACUAGAAUGGAUGUUGUAAGGUUAGUAGACUUUCAAUGACUUACCCACUUCAGGGUAAAAUGACACCAUGUAGCUUUUUGACCAAAUUCAUGUUGAGAGUUUGGCUACAGGAAGCCAAGAAGUAGAUGAGGAAAAGGGCCAAUUAACAAAGCUCUGAAGUGUGACUGCAAGCUUAGUAGGUAUAAAAAGUACCUAUUUGGACAGACAAGACUGGUAUCCAAAUAUAUGAACCAGAAACACAACAUAGAAGAGAUGGACUGAUAAAUAAACAUGCUACAGAAACAUUACCAGUCACAACUGUCAUGGUGCAGCAUCAAUGAUGCUGCUAAUUCAAGUCUCUCAGCUGGAGCGAGUCAGAAAGCAUCAAAUUAACAGCAUCCAGUGACAAGUGUCAAUAAUGACUUCCAGGGCGCUCUGGCCUUAAUGACUGAAUGUGAGUUUAGAUGUAUUAUCACAUUUCAAUAGGUUUGUUUAUAUUUGUAAACUAUGUAAAGUUAACAUUUACAUGAAACAUGGCUUGUAGUUUUUGAUGAGUUAAGGAAAAGAAAAAAAAGCUUAUUCUCCAUCCAUAAAUGAAAUUCUUAAAAGAAAAUUCGUGAAUAUUCCCAGACUUAUUCAUUUCUUAGAUUGUAUCUUGAAAAACCAGUUGAGAGACUUAUGUACAGUAAUAUGCUUCACACACUAACCUUGUUUUAAAGACAUAUCAAACAUGCCAAAUAAUGCUGACUAUAACGUGUAAUAACUGUGUAAUUUUGUGACAUAGCAGAAACUGUGCGGAUUUGUUAAAAGAAGAAUAAAAGUCACUGGAAAUUUUCAUGUGUAACAGAAAAAUCUGCUUUACUUUACAUGACCAAGAAAUGACUGUUGUGUAUGAAUUUCUUGCAUUUUAACAUUUUCCUUUUUUUAACACUUCUUCUUUUCACAAGUGGUACACGAAAAAGACUGAUACAUCCUGAUGGGAUUGGGAGUGUUGCAUACAAGUUUAAUGUCAAUUUCAGUGCGAAAAUAAUGACUGAAAACCCUUAGUUAAUUUUUUUAAAUGCAUGCUAAAAUAUACAGCUUCGACACUUUUUGGACUUUAAUUUGCUGUAAUUAAAAACUAAAUGGCUCAGAAACUGUAAAGAAAUGAUAAGUCACUGGUUUUCCCAGGCUUAUAGCCAGUUUGGAUGAACUGAACCAUUUAUAUUUUACUGUGUUUAUAUUUUACUUCUGACUGAUGGAGGUGGGCUUCUACUUGGGGCUUCUACAUCUAAAAUGACAACACUGUGGCAGGAACAAGCUACAGUGGAAUGAUUUCAAGAAAAAA